AUGAAUAUAAUUGUGGUUUCAGAACCAGGGGUAUAUUCGAGCGAAGUCUCGUUGGCGGAUAUAAAACAAUUGUCAAAAGCCGUGCAAAUCAUUGCUUUUUCAGAUAUUGACGACAGAACCAGUGGUUCUAUCCAAAAGGAUUUAUCUAAUCGUUGCUCCAAUCCACCGCCUAUUUCAAUUCCUACUUCACGAAACAGUGCUGUACAGUCGACAAGUAUGGAAAAAGGCUUCCCUAGAGACGAUAAAAUCAUUGCUACGAAUCGACUCACUUUUGCUGUUCCAGAGGUUUUUGUACAAGAUCUUAAUAUAAACUACUCCUCCCUUGUAGGGAGAGGAGCCUUCGGAACCGUCUCUAAAGGGAAGUGGACCGGAUUGGAAGUAGCAAUAAAGGCCAUACCUAUCACGAAGAGAGCAAAAAAUACAAUACUUCGUACGGUGGAAAAGGAAAUUAACAUAAACUCCAAAUUACGUCAUCUGAACAUUAUUAAAUUUUUGGCUGUUGCUCGAACCGACAAUACCAUUUAUCUCGUAUAUGAAUUUAUUAUGGGAUGCAAUAUGGAGGAUGCAAUUUUCAGUGAAGAAACAAAGCUUGAUAUGGAUGUCACAGCUAAGGGCAAACUAUAUAUCAUGAAACAAGUGGUCCAAGCUGCAUUAUAUAUGCACUCUUUGGAACUCGUGGUUCUCCAUCACGAUAUUAAACCGGGUAAUAUAUUAAUUAGAAAAGGUUGCUUAUCAACAUAG